CGCCAUUUUGGCUCAAACAAAGUCGGAAAUUAUUUACUUUGCAAUUUCAUAUUAUUUGGCAUGCUAACAUCGCUUAAUACUUUUGUGAUGAUAAAAUAUCUUAUGUGAGCUCAUGGUUCAACCAUGUUCUAUUUAGUUUUGUUUCCUAUGAGAACACGUGUAAAGUUCUGGUAGUCUUCGCUAGCUACAAGCUAGCUCUGUUUGAUUGGAAUGCAAGUAACUGGGGCUAUAGUUCGCUUGCUAGUUAGCUGCAUGCAGCAGUUUUGACUUGUUAGCGCGAUAGGUAUGGGUGGGUGUUCCGCUCCAAAUUGCUCAAACUCAACAACCAUUGGGAAGCAACUAUUUCGUUUUCCAAAAGAGCCUAUACGCAAGAAUAAAUGGCUUGUAAACUGCCGGCGUAAUUUUGUACCAACUCCACAUUCCAGACUGUGCCAGGACCAUUUUGAGCUGAGUCAGUUUGAAGAAAUAGCCAGGUCGCCAGCAGGGGGAAAGAAGCUGAAACCAAACGCUAUCCCCACUCUUUUCAGUGUGAAAAAUCCACCUUAUCCCAUCACCCCACAGAUAGUGCUACCUUUCAAACCAGAGCCAGAGAGAGAUCUGAAUGUGGGGGAUCAUGGCUAUGCACGGCGGCAACCAACUCUGGGCAUGGAGGAAGAUGCUGAUGAACUACACAAGGCAGAGGAACGUCCCUGCACCCAUUGUCAACCUUACAAAACCCUGCUGGAACAAGAAAUGCAACACACUGCCAGACUUCAGAAAGAGGCUGAGGAAAUGAAGAAGAGGAUGUUCAAACUGGACAGAAUAGAGAGGGGCCUCCAGACAUUUCUGUAUGAAGACCAGAUCCGUGCCCUGACCCUGACCAAGCGUUCCCGGAGAGCUGUGUGGUCCCACGAGACAGUGCUGAAGGCUCGUAAAAUCCGAUGUGCAGUCGGUGCCAAGGGUUAUGAAUUCCUUCGGGAGUUAGGCUACCCUUUGCCCUCUUAUAGAACUUUAUGCAACCGCCUGGAGGAAAAAAUCAUGGUGACGACAGCCAUGGGCUGUGAUGAGCUUGCAGAGCUUGGUCUAGGAAUCAUAUCUACAUGUGACAGUCCAGAGGGAGAUGGGGACAAUGAGGAGGCUUUCAUUGGAGUGAUGUCAUGACUCAUGAAUGAGAGAUUUUUGAUCAAUUUGUUUGACUUUGUGUUUCAUUUUGAAGAAUGCAAGGCAGAAUGACAGGACAAUAUAACAGAGACUGACGACAGCUAGUAGCCCUAUGCGGUGAAGAACAUGUGGAACCAUAUGUACAGUGGGAGAUGUUAGUGUUAAAGCGUUUUUGCUUCUGGACUUGGUUUCACAAAAGUUUUUUUUUUUUUUAGAAUGGUUUACUCAUGCUAAAGAAUUUGGUGUUUUAUUUUGGGAAUGAAACAUAAGCUCCUUCAAAACAAUAAAGAGCAGCAGUCAUCUGCCUUAAAGCGGCAAUCGGCAGUAGAAACAAUAACAAAGCGUCCUCCCCGCCCCUGGCUCAGUAAAAAGCUGAGCGAUGGGGCUGGAGAAAUUUAAUCACUCAAAUUCAUAGACCUAUAGAUGCAAGGAUUGACCAUCCAUGAUAUCAAAAUUAUAGUUUUAACAAUGUUUUGAGGCUAUAUAGUGUUUGUUACAUUUUCUUUGUCUACAAAUAUUGGAGUAAAACAAGCUUAUAUUUGGAGUUCUAAUGGGGUUUGACAGUUGAACUAAGUUCAUGAGACAUAAGUGAUUCUUGAAGAAUAUAAAUGAGUACACAUCAUUAAUUUCUAAGUCCAAAAAUGGAUGUAGCAACUGCUGAUUGCUCCUUUAAGCUUUGAAGCUGCAAUUUCAAAUCACCUUUGUGCUCGAAGUGAGGUCAUAAUUCAGAAGCUACGCUAAAUAAUAUGUUGUGCACCUUUUUUCUUCAGAAUGUUUGACAAAUGCAAAGGAAGAGCAGAAUUUUUACCCCUGUUUGCAGAGUUUUUAGUCACUCUUUAUUGUCACUUAUGUUAAGUGGACAAAUAGGAGGAUUCGUUUGUAUUUUCUAAUGGGAAUCUGUUUAGCUGCAUUUGGAAACUGCAAUGCAGUAUGCAGCCUUUGGAGAACUGUGGUAGCUGCAUUGUAUACUGACUGGUCCCCCUGAUCUUAGGCUGAAUAACCUGAGGCUUCUUUUGUUACAAUCACUAAUGGGAUAUUAGCCAGCAAGCAGAAUCUCUGGGUGGGAGGAGGGUUGUAGAAAACACUAAAGAGGCAGGAGAGUAUGCAGUACCCUGAUCAAAACAAUGGUACUGUAAAAUAAUAAAGAGAUCUAUCUAGUAGGGCUGGGAAUUGCCAGGGACCUCAUGAUACAAUAUUAUCACAGUACUUUGGUGCCGAUUCGAUGUUUGGUAUUUUAUUAGAAUCCCUUUAGCUGUUGCAGCAGAUACUCUUCCUGUGGUCAACACAAAACAUGAAAUGUGAAAUAAUACAGAACAUUAAUAGACACAAAAAAAAUGCAUACGUAGCCUACAUAUCAAUACAUACACACAAACCCUCUAGGUCAAACAGGGUAGAGGCGCUGCUUUAUCUGGGUUUUUCUUUUAGAUUUGCUGUUCAUUUGAGCAAUAUUUUACAUUUAAGUCAUUUAGCAGACGCUCUUAUCCAGAGCGACUUACAAAUUGGUGCAUAUGAGAUGGAACGGAGCUCCAUGCAAUAAUGGCUCUAUAUAAUACUGAAACGCUUUCUUGAAUUCAUUCAAGAUUUGGGCACUGAAAAGACCCCUGGUGGCAAUGUUUCUUAUAAAAAGAAGUGAUGCAUUCAGUCUCCAACUCUUGGUCAAGUGUUCCAAACAUAUCACUCAUAUGUCUUCUGCAAAGGGACAAGAAAGAGACUUGAGAAAACAAGUUUUGAUCAGUCAUGGAAAUAAAAGUGCUGAAAACAAAUUGGCUCCCUAUUUAAAAAGAAGAUGGAGAACAAGCUAUGAAUAAGAAAUACUAGAGUUUUGGUGCAGGUACAGUCAACCAGCGCAAAUAUAGUAUUGCAAUAUUGUCUAAAUGAUACAUCGUCAAAAAAAUAUACCAAUAUGUAACUCGAUUUUUUUUUUAUCACUACUAUCAAGUAGGCUGCCUAUGUUUGUGGCUUUUGUUUUUUGUGAUGUUGAAGUGUUCACUUUUAUCAACAGUGUGAAACAUUGUUUUGCAAAGGAGACCAUACCUUACUCAGUACUAUAACUAUACUGAACAAAAAUAUAAAUGCAACAUGUAAAGUGUUGGUCCCAUGUUUCAUGAACUGAAAUUAAAGAUCCCAGAAAUGUUC